AUGUCAGAUGUAUUAGAACUGACUGCUGAGCUCCGUACAGACGUAGGGAAAGGUGCGAGCCGCCGCCUGCGUCGUGCGGGUAAAAGAGUUCCGGCAAUUAUUUAUGGUGGCGAAGAGUCCCCCCAGAACCUGACCCUGGCUGUGAACCAGCUGGUUAAGGUGAUGGAACAGGAAACUUUUUACUCGCAGAUCUUAAACGUCGUUGUUGAUGGUCAACCUACCAAGGCGGUUGUACGCGAUCUGCAGCGUGAUCCUGCGUCGAACAAAGUGCACCACGUGGACUUUCAACGCAUUGACAUGUCCAAAGUCAUGCACGCGACAGUGCCAAUCCACUUCAUUAACGAAGACAACUGUGUCGGCGUAAAAAUGAAUGGCGGUAGCAUUCUGCACAACAUGACCGAUGUUGAGAUCAGCUGUCUGCCGACAGAUCUACCUGAAUACAUUGAAGUGGACAUGAAGGAUGUAGAUGUUGGCUAUUCCAUACAUCUUUCUGGUCUGGCUUUACCAGCGGGUGUCUCCUUGUUGGCGUUCUCUCACGGCGAUGAUGAUCAGGAUCACGAUAUCCAGGUCGUGAGCGUGGAAGUCCUGCGUGGCAGCGAAGCGGCAGAAGACGAAGAUGCUGUAGAGCCAGCUGGCGAAGUUCCAACUGUCGCUGACGACGAUAAAGACAACGCAGACGACGAGUCUUAA